AGCAGAAGAAGAACAUCUAUAACGAUUCUGCUUGAGGUUUUUGUAUUUUAGCCUGAAUGUGCCUCCAAAUAUGUGACAAAUGUGAGGUUCACCAAAUGUAGGACACUCUCCUUACUUCAGCUGCAGUUAACUGCAGAGUAUGGCGGAAUAUCAGUUUCUGUUGGACCUGAACAUCUCGGCGGAAAAGGACUGUUGCCGUUUCUGCUGCUCUUGUUGUUAUUGUAGCUAGCGUUAGCGUUAGCUAAUUAGCUAAGCAAUCGCUCACAGCAUAACCGAUGUUGAUUCAUUGCUGCGGGGCAGUGAACCGCAAAAACAAGGUAACUCUGGAGCAACUUUCAGACAUCAACAACAGACCUUAGGAACGUUUAUGAAACGCCUUUAAGUCAUUGUGUAAUUGACUUUAGCCAGUGUUUUAGGUGUUGUUACAGUGCAGGAUAUGCUAACGUUGUUUGACAGAUUGCACGGAUAAAUUACAGCUGCAUGCUUUUGAAGAAAACAUGGAUUACAAUGAUAUUACUAGCUAAGGUCAGCUAACCCCUAACGCUGCCAGCAGCUAGUGCUGUCUCACGUUUUGAGAUGGAGCAGCAGAUAGCAGCCAGUGACAUGGCUCUAAUCUUUCCCAUCACACCUGUCUGAGUUGUAAAGCCUGUGAAAGAGAAAUCAUGUCUUGCAAAGCCGCAACCAAGGACAAGAAGUCGAGCUUCAGCAAGAAGCUGUUCCGGCGGGGCUCUGUGCGCUCUGUGGGCAGCUUCAUGGGCAGAUUCAUCCGGACUCUGACCGCCUUAUCACACUAUGGAUCUGAAGUGCAAGCAGAAGAUGAGAAAGAUGACGGGGGGUUCUCCUCUUUUAAACCUGGGUGUAAGGAUGUGCCCAUGGAGGAUGGGGACCUGGCGGGUUUGCUGUGUGGAGACAGGGUUCCUGGAGUGUCAGGGCUGAAAAACCACGGGAACACCUGCUUCAUGAAUGCCAUCCUGCAGUGUCUCAGCAACACGGAACUCUUCGCUGAGUACCUGGUUCUGGAGCAUUACAAAGGCGACGAGCAGGAAGAGGACAAACCAAAGACAAAUGGCUUACUUCUGCACAAGAAGGGUCCUCUGGCCAAAGGAGAGGUGACGGAGCAGCUGUCAGGACUCAUGCGGGCUCUGUGGACCUUUGAGUACACCCCGCAGCAUAGCAGGGAUUUCAAGAAUGCUGUGUCGAAAAAUGCCAUCCAGUUUAAGGGGAAUUCUCAGCACGAUGCUCAGGAGUUUCUGCUGUGGCUGCUGGACAGAGUUCACGAGGACCUGAACACAGGCAACCCUAACACCAGGCCUGCUAUUAAGCCACCUAUAGAAGAAGACGAUCAAAGCUUGGAAGGACCCUCUCCUCCCUUGUCUGCUGGCUCCUUUGUGCAAGAACUGUUUCAGGCUCAGUACAGAUCAUCUUUAACUUGCCCACAUUGCCAAAAGCAGAGCAAUACGUUUGAUCCCUUCCUCUGCAUCUCCUUACCGAUCCCACUGCCCCACACACGGCCCCUGUAUGUGACGGUGGUCUACCAGGGGAAGUACUCUCACUGCAUGAGGAUCGGAGUGGCCGUUCCCCUCAACAGCACGGUGUACCGCCUCAGAGAUGCUGUGUCACGUGAGACCAAGAUCCCCAUGGACCAGUUUGUUCUGACUGAAAUGUACUACGACGGUUUUCAUCGUUCAUUUUGUGAUGACGACGACGAUCUCGAAAUCAUUCAGGAGAGUGAUUCCAUUUUUGCCUUUGAGACACCUGAGACCUUCAAACUGGAAAACAUACGCACAAAAAGAGGAAGUCUUCUGGCAAACCUGAAUCAUAACAACUUAAAGUAUGGGACAGAAAUGAGCAGGACUCCGUCGUUCAUGCAAGGAGCCUUGACACCUUUAACUGCAUCACCCAAUAAAAACCUGGGGCCAGAGAAAGUUAUCCUUCUGGUGUGCAACAGGGCAUGUACCGGGCACCAAGGCAAGAGGUUCGGACUGCCUUUUGUACUGUACAUGGAGCGCACUGUGACCUGGGAUGCUCUACAGAAAGAGAUCCUGGAGAAAAUGCGACAUCUUCUGAGGCCGGGGGUAUUCAUCCAGGUCGGACCUUUCAGUCUCCGGGUGGUUGGUGUUGUCGGCAUCACUUACCUCCUUCCUCAAGAUGAGCGACCACUGUGUCACCCCACUGUGGAGAGAGCAUACAAGUCCUGUGGACAAGGGGGGCCUCCACAUGUGAAGAUCGUGGUAGAGUGGGACAAAGAGACCAAGGACUAUCUGUUCGGACACACUGAGGAGGAGUACAUUCCUGAUGCUGAGAGUGUGUAUCUGCACCGGGAACAGCACCAUCAGCCGCAGGCCUGCAGCCUCGCUCAGUGCUUACAGCUCUACACCAAGGAGGAGGAGCUGGCCCCAGAUGAUGCCUGGCGCUGUCCCCACUGCAAGCAGCUGCAGCAGGGCCGCAUUAAGCUCAGCCUGUGGACGCUGCCUGAUGUGCUCAUACUGCAUCUCAAGAGGUUCAGACAGGAGGGAGACCGGCGGAUGAAGAUGCAGAACAUGGUGAAGUUCCCUCUGAUGGGAAUGGACAUGGCACCUCACAUGGUGAAGAGGAGCCAGAGCAGCUGGAGUUUACCUUCCCAUUGGUCGCCAUGGAGACGCCCAUAUGGCCUGGGCAGAAACCCCGAUGACUACCUGUACGACCUGUACGCUGUGUGCAACCACCACGGGAACAUGCAUGGAGGACAUUACACAGCGUACUGUAAGAACUCCAUUGAUGGUCAGUGGUACUGCUUUGAUGACAGCGAGGUUUCCCCAGUACCUGACGAAGACGUGUGUCAGCAGACGGCCUACAUACUGUUCUACCAGCGGAGGACUGUCAUUCCCUCCUGGUCGGCAAACAGCUCUGUUGCUGGCUCCACCAGCUCCUCCCUGUGUGAUCACUGGAUCAACAGGUUGCCUGGCAGCCGGCCGGCCAGCCUGGCCUCCGGAGCCUCGUCCAGACGUACCUCUCUGGCCUCACUGGCUGAGUCUGUGGAGUUCCCCGUGGAACGCAAUGAAGAUGAUGGAGGAUUCUCUAUCCGCCCCUUUGUGCGGAGCAUUCAGCGCCAGAGCCUGUCCUCCAGGUCUUCCAUUGCUAGCCCUUUAGCCUUCAGCGACAGCGGGGUGAAGCCUUCCUGGUCUCUGGCUGCGAAGCUGCAAAUGAGAUCCAACUCGCCCUCCCGUUUCUCCCUCGACUCUCGAUGUUCCCCUCCUCUAGAGAGGAUCGGAGAGGCAUGUGAUGACAAAGUCUCCACGUCCUGUUUUGGCAGCUACAGCAGACACGAGCGCUACUUUGGCAGCAGGUCUCCCCUCUCUAUGAUGGAGAGCAACUUCACCGACCAGGACAACAACAAGAGGUUCAUCGACAUGAUGUACUGCAGGGCUCCCACUCCAGUGGAGAAGAAGAGCACCAAAAAUGAGGCAACUGAAAAUAACAACCAGAUUUCAGCUGUAGACCAAAACGUUCUUCCCGCCCAAGCUACUCCCUCCAAAGAACAGAAACGUAAGAGCAGUAUCGGGGGAUUUGCCUCAAAGGCGGAAAGCACAGGCUCAACGAAGUCUUCCAGCAAAGUGGAGCAAGAGAAAACCUCCAAAAAGCGUUUGUGCUCGAUCCAUAAGACCACCGCUGCUGAGACGUCUACCAGCACUCCUGUAAAAGGCAAAAAGGCAAGCAAUACUAAAGACAAGACUGUGAGUGCCAAGAAAAGCAUCUCGACGCCCUGUGGGACUCCCUCCAAAACAAAGGUGGCGACUCAACCUCUCGACGCAACGCCACAGCGUAAGCCAUCAGUCCGCUCCACUCCUCAGUCCGCCGCUUCUCCCUCGCCAACGGCAAAGAAGAAUUCCAACCUCACAGAGAACAGCUGUAGCCGGAAAAGGCUUGUAGAGAGGAGCUUCAGCAGGGACUCGAUGCACACCAGUCCUCUGGUGGACAGUCUCCGAGACAGCUUGGCAAGCCGCUCCUCCUUCUCUAAGAGCGGGGAAAGUAAUAGGCCCGAGAGGAGAUCCGUGCGGAGCUCCAGCAGCAGCUCCUCCGUCACCAGCCUACGCUCCCCCAGCGUAUCCGCCAGAGACCUGCAGCAGCGCAGCAGCAAAUCUGAGGAAAAGGGCCUGUCGUUCUUAAGGAGCGCCCUCCGACAAAGGGAAAGCCGCCGGUCGGCUGAUCUGGGGAAAAGCACCCUGGUCGCUAAGAAGGCCUCAGAGAGGACGUGCAAGCAGAACGGACAAGCUAAGGACGGCGGUGGAGACGCAGGAAAGAAGGGCGACGCCGUGUCUCCACCGACGCCUACAGAGAAAAAGUCGGACACAAAGGAGUCUUCCAGGCCCCCCAGCUCUCUCAGUCGCUCUCUAUUAAACGUCGGCAAGUCCAAGUCUUCCACUUCUGAAGUAAGUCUCAAGUCUCCCGCUAACGGGAAGAAACCUCUGGAAAGGAUGGCAUCUUCCCGCAAGCUGUCGUCGAGCACGCAAUCUCCUGCACGUACAACAAAGAGGCCUCAAUGAUACAUCCGUAGUUUGAAACGAACAUGAUGCAGCUAUUUUCUUUGUGCCUGAGUUAAACUGAGCACCACAUGUAUUUGUAAAGAGACACUUUUUUGAUUAUUAUGCUUCUGCACUCUGACAUCAGAUAUGAGGUUUGAGGUUUGAGUAUUGGCAGUCAGCUGUAGUGGAAAAAAAGAAAGUACUGUAAAUCAUCUGCAUAUUCAGAUGCCAAACAGUUGCUUGGCAUGCCACCAGUUCUAGUUUAAGGCUGUGCGUAUCCUUAUCAAUUACACUUUUGAAGCAUUAGGUAGGGUUUCCAUGCGAGUUAGACAAUCUGUCGACAUGUAAGAGCUUUUUCUGGCAAGGCAGGUACAUGAGCAUGCAAUACGCAUUCAGCUGUACAGCACUUCCUUUUUGGUUGUACUGGAGGCUUAUAUGACAGCUGUCAGAAUUGCCUUUUGGAAUCCAAUUAUAUUCCCUUCAGACAAGAGGCGUGUUAUCUCUUUGAAAUGCGGCAAACAUUACGUUUAGUUUGCUUGCAAAAUAUCCUGCUGACGAAGUAAAAGGAUUUAAAACGCAGCAGCUUGUGCAUUAAGAGAAGUGAAUGGAGUAAGAAGCUUUUUCACCUUGUAUGCACCAACGAUGCAUAUGUUGUCUUGUAGGAUAACGUUCUUUAGAUUCAGAUGGAAAUCAGAUGGCUGUUGAUGCUUAAACCUCACCGCUCUGAUUUCUAAGCACUUAAUACAUAGAAAGCAGAAGCAUAACAUCAGAGAUUAUCUCCGGACAAAUUCUGAGUGAUGCUCUCUCACAAACACACACACACACACACACACACACACACACGAUGUGUUGCGCUGAUGGAAGCUAAAAGAAGAAAAAGCAUUAGCAUUCUGUAGGUACUAAUAAGUCAUUUCAUGAUUUAAGACGGUUGAGAAUAAUUUACAACUUUUUACAUUAUGAACCAUAAAAGAAUAUAGAAAUACUGAGGUGAUGGCAGGCCCCGGACCGAACAGAAAAAGGAUUUGAGAUGAUCAAUAAUUAGGCACGGUACAAACUUUUAAACAAGUCUUCCAAUAUUUUAAAACUUUAUUUUUCUUUAAUACUUUUUUUGAUAGAAAUGUAUUUUAUCAAACUUAUCAAAGGGACUGUGUGUUUGGAAUGAAACCCUUUAAAAAGUAUAUAAAUGUACAGAUAUUGACAAAGUAUAUAGUAUAUAAUAACCCAUUUCUUCCCUUUCCAUGAGCAAGAUGAAUAAGCGCCUUUCAAUACUGUACAUGGAAACAAAUGUAGCCUUUGGAAACAUAGUAGUCUACUACUGUAUGCAUCACUGAGUAGGAAUGUUGUUUUAUCGCACUUUGUAUAGAAAGGUAGUUUUCCUUUACCUACAGUUCUAUACACACACACACACUAGGGCUGCUCAAUUAAUCGUAUUUUAAUCGCGAUUACGAUUAUGGCUUGCAACGAUUACGAAAACAACGUAAUCGAAAUAAAGCGAUUAUUUUUGUAUUAUGACUUUUUUUUUGUUUUUUUAAAUAAUUUUUUUUUUGUUUUUCUGUUGAAUUAUACUUAAAGUUCAGGG